GUGAGUUACGUCGUACGUGCAGUUGCUGUAAGAGGAAGCAAGAUGGCGGAUAACAAAGGCGAAGAGGAUAUGGAUCCGACUGCGAGCUCGGAGCCAGAACCUCCAGUGGAAGCCGAAAGCCUCUCGGACUCGACAGCAGAGAACGCGGUUUCAACAACCGAACCAGUUUUUAAGGAGGACGCGGACAACGAGACGUCCGGUACCGUUAACGAGGCACCGACACCCGCCGAUGGAGGCGGGAAAGCUAGCAGCGGCGAGGCUGCCGCCUCAUCCGGGGAAGCCAACGAUGGCGUCGGCGAUCACGUUAGCCCGGCCGAGCCCAGCAGCACCAAUGCGGAGCCCGCGGCGACGGAGUCUCCCGCCGCUGCUGCAGCCGACGGACCCGCCACCGAGUCGCCCCCCCUUCCGGCCGCCCCAGCCUCCACACCGGUCCCCACUCCGCUUAACCUGCUGGAUACGUGCGCGGUGUGUAAACAGAGCCUCCAGAACCGGGACUGCGAGCCCAAACUGCUGCCCUGCCUACACUCCUUCUGCCUGAAGUGUAUCCCGCAACCGGACAGGCAAAUCAGCGUGCAAGUCCCAGGCCCGCACGGACAGACCGAUACGCACAUAGUGAACGUCAUGCGAUGUUCCGUUUGCCACCAGGACUACAAGCAAACCGACAUCAUAGACAACUACUUUGUUAAAGACACCAGCGAAGCCACCAGCACAGCUGAUGAAAAAGCUGCACAGGUUUGCACAAGUUGUGAAGACAAUGCAGGAACAAUAGGCUUUUGUGUGGAGUGUGGCGAGUGGCUGUGUAAGACCUGUGUGGAGGCCCACCAGAGAGUCAAGAUCACCAAGGACCACAAGAUCCGCACAAAGGAGGACGCUGAUGCCGGUUCUGAACCUGUCAGCCAAUCAGGACAGAGACCGGUCUUCUGUCCGGUCCACAAACAGGAGCCGCUCAAACUUUUCUGUGAGACGUGUGACACGCUGACCUGCAGAGACUGCCAGCUGCUGGAGCACAAAGAGCACAGGUACCAGUUUCUGGAAGAAGCCUUUCAGAACCACAAAGGUCUCAUUGAGACCAACAUGGCCAAGCUCCAUGAAAAGAACAGCUAUGUCCACCAUUCUUUGUCUCAGGUGCAGCACAGGUUAAAGGAGUUGAAUGAAACACACAGGAAGGUGGAGCAUGAGAUCAAAAUUGCAGUUUUUACUCUUAUUAAUGAAAUCAACAAAAAGGGCAAGUCUCUGUUGCAGCAGCUGGAGAAUGUGACCAAAGAGCGGAGCUUGAGGCUUGUGGCUCAGCAUAAAGACACUACCCAAUUAGCCCAGCAGAUCAGCCAUGUUCUCAAGUUCUGCAACUGGGCCAUCACGUCAGGCAGCAACACGGCGCUGCUGUACAGCAAGAGGCCGAUCAUGUACCAGCUGUGUAAGCUCUUCAAGGCCCGACUGGAACCGGCCCCCCAGUCCAACGGGGUGGUGCGCUUCUUCUGUGACCCCAACUUCUGGGCCAAAAACGUGGUGAAUUUAGGUAAUCUGGUCAUUGAGAAGCCCCCCCCACCGACACAGCCUCACAAUGUGAUGGUAGCAGGACCCCCCAUCUCUCCGGGCCAGGGUCUCCCCGGCAAACAUCCGGGUCAGAUCAACCUGGCUCAGCUGCGGCUGCAGCACAUGCAGCACGCAGCCUACGCGCAGCAGAAGCAGCAGCAGCAGCAGCAGCACAUGCAGCAGCAAAUGCGACUGGCUUCUCAAAUGUCCCAGCAGCACGCCCGGCAGAGCGGGCCCCCCCUGGUCCAGCAGCCCCCACGGCUCAUCAGCAUGCAGCAGCUUCAGAGAGGACCAGGGGGCAUGAACGGGGGGCCUGGCCCCCCCAUGUACCCUUCCUCUCAUCACAUGCGCCUGCCCGGGCCCCCCCAGAACCGGAUAGCCACGGCUCAGCCCAGACCCAACGGUCAGCAGUAUUCCUCCCUGAUGCAGCCUCAGUUACAGAGACAGAUGUCUGUAGAAUCUGAGAUGAGCCACCAAAGGUUUCGUUUCUUACUUCAAUCAGGGCAUUCCAACCCAGGACAUGCAGGGCCGUUCCCUGUUGCAUCUUUGCAUAAUGCCAACCCCACCAGUCCUACCAGUGCCAGUAUGGCGGGAGCCCACGCUCACCGCGGACCCGCCAGCCCGGUCAUCGGUCCCAUCGAGCUGAUCCCCUCCGUCACCAACCCAGAAAACCUUCCCUGCCUUCCAGAGAUCCCACCGAUUCAGCUGGAAGAUGCAGGUUCCAGCAACCUGGGACAUAUUCUAUCUCGGUACAUCACAGCGAGCACACAGCUCCACCUGGGCUCCGUGGACCUGAACACAUCUCCGGGAUUACCCAAUCUGUCUCCUGGAUCCUCAGGUUUGUCCAAUGCUCACACGCCAGCACGGCCCUCCAGCACAUCCAGCACAGGAAGCAGGGGCAGCUGUAGUUCUGCGGGGAGGAUCGGAGCAGGAGGCGGAGCAAGUUCAGAUCCGGUCAAAGUGAAGAAGGAGCCGGGUUCGGAGGACAGCUACAGCUGCCCGGCGUCCUCUCUGAAGACGGAGCGGGGCAAAGACGCUGGCAGGAGUGCCUGCAUGAUGAGCAGUCCAGAGACCAGCCCGCGGGGGGCCGCGUCCACCGGCCAGCGGAUCAAAACCGAGCCGGAGACGGAGACAUCGUGUUCUGAACUGAACGGUCUCAGUGGCGCUGCCACCACCACAACCAGCUCUACCUCAACCACCACGGAGAACAGCCACAGCAAGGCCAACCUCCUGCUCACCAAUGGAAACACAGGCAAGGAGGCGGGGCCCAGCAGGGGCGGAGCAUCCGAGGAGAACCACGGAGGCAAAGAGGACGAUCCCAACGAAGACUGGUGCGCCGUCUGCAUCAACGGGGGUGACCUCCUCUGCUGUGACCACUGUCCCAAAGUGUUCCACAUGAAAUGUCACGUCCCCACCAUCAAAAUCUUCCCUAAGGGGGACUUUGUCUGUACUUUCUGCCGGAGUCUGAGUGAUCCUGAAAUUGAGUACUGUGACGACAGCAAGAGAAUCAAAGGAGAGCACAGCCUGAACCCCGAAGACCAAAGGAGAUGUGAGCGCGUCCUGCUGUACAUCUUCUGUCACGAGCUCAGCAUGGGCUUCAGGGAACCUGUUCCCAGCUCUGUGCCCAACUACUACAAGAUCAUUAAGCAGCCCAUGGACCUGAAGAAGGUGAAGAAGAAGCUGCAGUUACGGAGCUCCCAGUACUACAAUUCUGUCCAGGAGUUUGUGUCGGACAUGCGCCUUAUCUUCAAAAACUGUGCAAAGUACAAUGAGAUGUCUCGAAUAAUCCAGGUUUAUGAUGAGGAGAAAGAGAUUAAUACACAGGCCGGAUCGGAGAUGGCCAUUUCCGGGAAGGCGGUGGGCCUGUACUUUGAAGAGAAGUUGCAGGAGAUGUUUCCAGGCCAGAACUUCCCCGAAACCCCAGAAGCCGAGCCUCCGGAUGAGAAGGAGCGGGAGGAGGAAACGGAGGACUCAGAGGACGACUUCAUACAGCCGCGACGCAAACGGUUGAAAACGGACGAGAAGGUCGUCCACAUCAAAUAGUGACUGAAUGAGGAGUGAAGACUGUCUUCCCAGACUCCCGUUUCUUCAGGAGGAGGAGAACUUCUCAGAAAACCUGGUUCAUCCAAUGGUUGCCUUUGGAAGAACUCUGAUCUGCAACAUUGUACAGAUGCUGAAGCUGGACUCGAUUUGCAGUAGUGAGCUUUGGGUUGUUUUUUUCUUAUGCGUUUGUAGAAUCAUGUGAUCAUUUCCUUCAAUCCCGUAUUUGUUUGCUGUAUCAUACGCUUGGAGAUGGAGCUGACUGAGUCUGUGUAUGGCUUUGGAGAUGUUCUGUAAAUAAGAGAGGAGUCCUCUGAAGAUAUUCAACACUAUGGAUGUUUUGGUGCGUCGUCAAUAAAACUUGUUGAGAUAUAUCAGA